GUCGAUAUAUAUUAUAUUUGUCUUGAAUUAAUGAUAACUUUACAUUUGUAUGUACUAAUGUACAUUGUAAUAUAGAGAAUUCAUUAUUUAUAUUAAAGAAAAAUAGCUAUCCCCAACCAAAAGAGGGAACCCUAAAUUUAAUACCGGCGAAUGUUUUCAGUGAGUAGAUUGCCUGCCAAGUUCCUGAUGAAGGAGGACGAUGAGAAAGACAGAAGACAAGUUCCUCUUGACCUAGAGAUUGAGAUACUCACUAGACUACCUGCCAAGUCUCUUAUGAAGUUCCAAUGCGUAUCGAAGAUUUGGUCUUCCAUCAUCCGAAGCCAAAGUUUCGUCAGUUCUCACUACGCUAUGUCCUCCACGAUCCGAUCAUCGCGGUUUCUAAUCGCUUUGGGUGCAUCAGACAGGUGUACGUUGGUCUUCUCCUCUUCCUACGAAUGUGAGAAAUCUUCUUCUUUGGCAACCAACCUCGAUAAUGACAAUACCAGUGAACUUUACCGCGGGCGCCUACUAUGCUUCCGUCCAUGGCUUAAUCGGGUUUACUAAGAGUCGUACGUUCAUUCUCUGUAACCCCAGCACCAACAAAUACACUAAUCCUACCAUGUGCCGGGCCACGCACAUUCUGGGGAUACGAUCCUGUUGGUGAUCAAUUCAAAGCAUUGACCAUGGUGUCUCAUCCUUACUGGCCUCCUGAUUUUCUCCGGCACGAGGUUUUAACACUUGGAGGAGGGGGAGGGCCUUCUUCAUGGACACGCACUAAGGUUACCAGCCCGCCUUAUUUCGCUGUUACCAAAUCAGUAUGCAUCAACGGUAUUGUGUAUUAUGGUGCUUGGUCCCCAAGAAAUAGAAAGGAUCCGGUGAUUAUGUGUUUUGAUGUCAGAUUUGAGACGAUCAGUUUUAUCAAAGCGCCUUUGCCUGUUGUUUGCUGGGAGGGCGAAUCAAUUCUCAUCGAAUACAAAGGGAAGCUAGCUUCCGUUGCAAGAAACCCUUAUGCUGAUUUCCGUAGUUUUGAUUUAUGGAUACUAGAGGAUGUGACGACACAUGAUUGGUCCAAGCAAACGUCUGAGCUUCCUUUCUCUUUGGGGCCAGGUAGGUGUAUGACUUCCCCGGGCACCAACAAGGCUGGUGAAAUCAUUUUCGCACCAAAAACCCUCUCAGCUUAUGUUGAACCAUUUUACAUUUACUAUUACAAUGUUGGCAGAAAAGACAUCAGAAGCGUUAGGCUCCUAGGAAUUGCUGACGAUGAAGAGUUUAGGCGCCGUUACGGAAUCACAGGGGAAUGUUACGUCUCCAUCUCACCCCAACACGUCGAAAGUAUUGCUUCUCCGUAAUUUGGUUUAUGUAUCCC